AUGCAGUCUCUGGACGAUGGAGAUGAGUUCCGACUGCCGAUCGACCAUCGGAUCACGGAGAAUCUGGACCGCGAGGGGCUGGAGAUGGCGUCUUUAGACAAGCCAAUCGCGUGCAGCAACGUGGGGUUCCAGCUGCUGCUCAAGAUGGGGUGGCGGGGGAAGGGGCUGGGGCGGAACGAGCAAGGCAUAGUGGAUCCAGUUCGCACAGAAAUGCGGGACGCGCGGCUUGGGCUGGGGAAGCAGGAGGAGGAGGAGUGGUACACGGCAGAGGAGAACGUGCAGAGAAAGAAGCUGGAUAUAGAGGUGGAGGAGACAGAGGAGAUAGCGAAGAAGAGAGAGGAGGAGGCGGAGCGGGUGGAGAAGAUCCGGGCAGACGUGAAGGAGAUUCAGAAGGUGUUUCUGUGCGAGCUGUGCAACAAGCAGUACAAGCUGGCGAGCGAGAUGGAGAUGCACCUCAGCAGCUACGACCACAACCACAGGAAGCGAUUCCAAGAGACCAAGAAGAUGCAGCAGCAGGGAGUGCGGGACGAGAGGCAGCGGAGAGAGCAGCUGAGGGAGGAGAAGGAGCUGGCGCGAUACGCCAAGCUUGUGGAGGCCCAGAAGCAGCAGCAGCAGCAGCAGCAGCCAGCAGGAGUGGCUCCAGCAGCAGCUGUAGAAGCAGGAGGAGCAUCAGCUGCAUCAGCAGCACCCCGUCCAACAGCAGCAAUUCCCGCUGACCGCUCUACCCUCAAAUUCGGCAUCUCGAUGAAGACUAAACCAGGGGGUGCAAAAAAGGGCCUUUUGGGGAAGUCAAAAGCUGCAGGUCCACCAAAAAAACUUGCAUCAGUAUUUGGUGUUGAAGAUGAUGACGAAGAAGCAGCUUAG